GAUAACGCCGAUAGUCCUAUUUCUUGCCCAGCGGACUAUGAUUGGUUCUAGUCAACAGCUGCACAGCGAAAGAAGCGACAAGGCCGCCAGCCUCACCCCCAAUCCCUCUCAGCAACCUACCCCUCUCGGCCGACCUCCAGCCGGAGCCAGGCAGUGGAAAACCGCGGGCCAAUUAGCCUGGGGGACCCCUCAGGGGCCGGGGCCGCUUUUAUAAAGCCUGGCGCGAGCGAGCGUCACAGCGCCGCCCCGCCCCUCGCCAGUGCUCUUCUGGCGCCUAGCGGGUAAAACCGGCGAGGCGGGGACACGGAGCCGGCAGAAGACCACCUCUCCCAGGCCUGGGACUCCAUUCAGGUCCAAGUAGGCUGCUGGAAUUGAAGGUCAGCCACAAUGUUGCUGCUGCUGCACAGACCUGUGGUCCUUGGUCUUCGACAGGCCUUCAGACUCAGGUCAAGUCCAUCAAGGCUCUGCGUUCAGACCUGCUCUACAAAUAAUUCAUUUCAGCCCCAGCACCCCAGUCCCAACUUCUCUGGUGAUAACUACAGCAGAAGGGGAUGGAAAGUCAUGGGAACCCUGCUAGGUCUUGGCUCAGUGUUGGCCUAUCAUGACCAUCGGUGUAGGGCUUCUCAGGAAUCACCACGCAUGUACACUAAGGAGGAAGUGAGCUCCCACAGCAGCCCUGAGACUGGGAUCUGGGUAACUCUGGGUUGUGAGGUCUUUGAUGUCACAGAAUUUGUGAAUAUACAUCCAGGAGGUCCAUCAAAGCUAAUGCUAGCAGCUGGGGGUCCCCUGGAGCCUUUCUGGGCCCUCUAUGCUGUUCACAACCAACCGCAUGUGUGUGAGUUACUGGCUGAGUACAAGAUUGGGGAGCUGAACCCUGAAGACAAUGUGUCCCCAACCUUGGACAUCUCUGACCCUUAUGCUAAUGAUCCUAAGCGGCACCCAGCCUUGAGGGUCAACAGCCAGCGCCCCUUUAAUGCAGAGCCUCCCCCUGAGCUGCUGACAGAAAACUAUGUGACACCCAACCCUAUCUUCUUCACCCGGAACCAUCUGCCUGUACCUGACCUAGACCCUGAUACCUAUCGCUUACAUGUAGUAGGGGCACCUGGACAUCAGUCACUGUGCCUAUCCCUGGAUGACUUGUACAAGUUUUCCAAACAUGAGAUCACAGUCACUCUACAGUGUGCUGGCAACCGGCGUUCUGAAAUGACUCAGAUCAAGGAAGUUAAAGGUCUGGAGUGGAGGAUAGGGGCCAUCAGCACUGCAUGCUGGGCUGGGGCACGGCUCUGUGAUGUGUUAGCCCAGGCUGGUCACCAGCUGUCUGACACUGAGGCCCAUGUGUGUUUUGAGGGACUAGACUGUGACCCCACUGGGACUGCCUAUGGAGCAUCUAUCCCUCUUGCUCGGGCCUUGAAUCCUGAAGCUGAGGUCCUGCUGGCCUAUGAGAUGAAUGGGCAGCCUCUGCCUCGUGACCAUGGCUUUCCUGUGCGGGUGGUAGUUCCUGGUGUAGUAGGUGCUCGCCAUGUCAAAUGGCUGGGCAGAAUCAGUGUAGAGGCAGAGGAAAGUCACAGCCACUGGCAACGGCGGGAUUACAAAGGGUUCUCUCCAUCAGUGGACUGGGACACUGUAGACUUUGACUCAGCUCCAUCUAUUCAAGAACUCCCUGUCCAGUCAGCCAUCACGGAGCCUCAGGAUGGGGAGACUAUAGAGUCAGGGGAAGUGACUGUCAAGGGCUAUGCAUGGAGUGGUGGUGGCAGGGCUGUGAUCCGGGUUGAUGUGUCUCUGGAUGGUGGACUGACCUGGCAAGUAGCUGAGUUGGAUGGAGAGGAACAGAGCCCCAGAAAGGCCUGGGCCUGGCGCCUAUGGCAGCUGCAAGCCCCUGUGCCAUCUGGGAAAAAGGAAUUGAACAUUAUUUGUAAGGCUGUUGAUGACAGCUACAAUGUGCAGCCAGACACUGUGGCCCCAAUCUGGAACCUGAGAGGUGUGCUCAGCAAUGCCUGGCACCGUGUCCAUGUUCAUGUUGCCCCAUGAGAGCAUAGAAUGAAGCCAUCUAUAGCCGAGAACCACCUGACGCCUUUCUUCACCCAUCCUGUGGCCUCAGUAUGUCACAAAAAAAACUUUCCCUGCUUUCCACUUCUUGGAUCACAACCCCACACUGUGCCUUUACAAGCCAUACUCAGGUACCUAGAUUGCAUAUUUCUACCCAGGCACCCUUCCUUCUUAGACACUAAUUAUAUACCCCUUUUGGCCCCUGAUCCUGUGCCAGGAGAUGAGAACUGUUGGAGCAAAAGGCUAGAGGUGAGAAGAGUAAUUGUGGAGACAAGCACUGUCUGUUUUAAAUUUCAGAGACUGUGUGUAGUAUUGUAACAAAACUACUACUAUUCACUGCCUCUGUUGCCAGGAGGUUGUCUGGGACAGUGAAGACACAACCCUCUCUGUGUAUAGCUCUACUUUUUGUAAAUGCAUCAAUAAAAUUGAUUCUGACCUCUUGG